AUGUCGCCUCCUUCCAAGCAGAACGCCAAAGCCCCCAAAACGGGCAAGGCUUUUCGGCGCAUUCGCGCUGCUAUCGUCGGGGAGUUCUACCAGGGGAACCUAGUCUCCCAGUGGAUGCGCCGAAAUGGUGGAGAAUUCCAUGACAAGGUGUCAGACAAGAUCACUCACCUGAUUGCCUCGGAAGAGGCCUACGAGCAGAACGUAGAAGAAGUACAAACUGCGAAGGCUUUAGGAAAAAUCAAAAUCGUUUCUCGUGACUGGCUCACUGCUUCGCUACACGCCAACCCCAUUCGCCCAGUUCCGGAGAGACCCUUUCUUCUGGAGAAUCUGAUCAAGCCGAAGAAGACGACCGAAAACAAAAAUAGAGUGGUGGACUCGGGGUCGAAGUCGCGGAUUCGCUACAGUGAUCCGUUCGUCCAAAAGAAAUCGCCCAAGGGCUCCAAGAACAUAGCUUCGCGUAUGACGUUUAUCCACACGUUGGCCUUUGAAGAUACAGCCAAGAAGGCCGUACUUCGUGACUCUCAGACAGGUUCUGCCUGGGACGCAGUACUCCUGCGGGAGGGUAAAACAUCCCGUCUUCGAGACAAAUACCGCUUGGCCAUCUUCGAAACAUCCUCUCAACCACCCACCUACUCGACGUGGGCAAAGUAUAGCCGCGUUGGGACGUCUCGCGUUGAAGAACUGACUCCUCCCAAGAGUGACGCGGCUACUGCUGUGCGUGCCUUCAAGCAGUUCUUCAAGGCUGAGACAGGAAAGGAUUGGGAGAACAGGGAGGAUGACAAACUCCCUGCCCCCAAGACAGAUGGCCAAGGCAAUGUUCUCCCCCAUCACGAGGGCUGGUAUUCAUAUGAAAGCCACGACAACGUGUUCACAAGCUACCUGAUGCAGGCCGGACCUUCUGGUGGAAGUACAGACAGUACUAUGUCUGCCGACCCUCGAGACGCACCCGGUGAACCAGAGACCGUCAUCGCUCAACCUGAGACGGCUGUUCCCGAAGUCGCUGCGCAGCCAAAGGAAGAUAGCGGCAAUAAUGCCGAUGUUGAUUCGGACAGCACAGUUGCUGACGCCUGCCAACCUGCCAAGUCUGAACCAGCAGUGGAUACUGAUACUAAGACCGAGUCCGAAUUUCAGUAG